ACAAAUUUCAGCAGAGAAGAUGAUGAUGAUGAUGAUGAUGAUGAUGAUGAUGAUGAUGAUGAUGAGGCCCCUCCCUACAAGAUGAAGAUCAAAGUUCUGUUGAGGAGCGUUGCUCCUCUGGAAUCUCAGACACGAUGAAUGGAUGAUCCUCAGCUUAGCCUAAAACAUUUCUAAUUCUGACGUCUUCUCUCUGAUUUCAUUUUAUGGGAUUUUCUCUAAAACAAAAUUUCUAUUCCCUCCAUCCGCUCCUUAUUACUGUAGAUAUUAAUGUCUAGUUUAAAGCUGUAACAGGUGGGAAACAGUGCAGCUGAACUUCAGUAGAAAGUGUAAAAACGGCGCUCUGCUGCCAUCAUGUGGCACAGAGGAGGAGUUGCAUCUUCACUCCUUUCCCUCUGUGUUGCUGGCAUUGCCAUGGCAACAGCCUUUGUUGCCCAGGUGAGCCCUGCUGAAGGGAGACAACAGAGCAGAGGAGACGUGUGAGGACAGACGGCAGUUAAAGAUGAACAGCUUGUUUUCCAGGAUGUCCAGAUGCAAGCCAUGGAGCUGGUUCUGAACAACUCAGAGAAACACCUGGGGGAGCUGUGCUCCAUCUUGGCCUCCUACACCAGGAAGACAGCCAAGCUCAGGGACAAGGUGGACAUGUUGGUGUCUGCACUCUUUGACUUCUCCCGUUCAGAGGAUCCAGAGUUUCAGGUCGGCCUCAACAACCUGGCAGAAGAUCUGGCAAUGGUUCAGGAUUACCGGCACGCUCAGGUAGAGAGACUAGAGACAAGAGUCGUUUCUCCUCUUAAAGCCUAUGGAGACAUAUUCAAACAUAAAAGGACGGAGCUGAAGAAGUUCAGCGCCGACCUGAACAGAGAGCAGAAGGAGGUACAGAAACUGGAAAAACUCCGUCUGAGGAACCCUGCAGACCGGCAAAGACUCGCUCAGGCAGAGGUUGAUGCUCAGAGGGCUUCCACCAACGCCCAGCAAAGCAUCAAGCACUUCGAGGAGACCAUGACCCAUUUCCAGAGGCAGAAACUGGAAGAUGUUAAAGUCUGGAUCUGUUCACAUAUCGCCGAGCAGAUACUGCUUCCUUCUUUAAACCCCCUUUGUUCUUUCUCUUUGCAGAACAUUUUCAGAGAGUUCCUCACAGUUGAGAUGCUCUUUCAUGCUAAAGCAUUGGAGGUCUUCUCCCACACGUACCAAAACAUGGAGGCCAUGAAUGCAGAGAAGGACCUGGAGCUCUUCACUGGCAGAAUUAGGAUGCUUGACUCCCAGAUGUGGCCUCUAGAACGCUCCAUCAGCAGCCGCUCGCCUCCCCCAACAGCCCAUUACUCCAGCCUUCCUCUGGGCUCCUGGAGGGGCCGGGCCCUGGACUCCCCAGAGACCUCUGACCACAGCCGCAGACAGCAGCCCAGUCAGCACCAUGGAUCAGUGAGCACACCUCACAUCAACCCAAAACGCCAUGGAGGCAUGGAGGAGGAGGAGCUAGCACAGGAAGAGGAUGAAGAUGAAGAAGAGGAAGAUGAAGAGGAGGAAUCUGGAGCAGAGAUGGAAGGGGAUGAGAACAUCAGGAGGUCCUAUGCUUCGCAGUAUGCCCAAUCAGCCAAGAGGUGAAGCAUCGGCUUUUAACAGGGGCACUGCCCCGUUGUGGAUCUGCGGUGCCUGGGUAUGCCUGGGGCACUGAUUUUUUUAUUGAUUUAUUUAAUUAUGCCUUUUAAAAAAUGAAUGGGGAAAUCUACAGAAUGUAUGUUUACAUUUUUUUUCUUAAAAUAGUCCUAUAGACUACCACUGUAGUUAGAAUUUAAAUCUGACAUAUGCAGAAGGAGUAAUCAGAAUCCACUUCCAGUAACGGCCACUCUGAGCAUGCAGCAGCCCCAGAGUUGCCUUUAACACAGAGCCAGGAGUUUGUCAUAUCUUAUCAUAAAGAAACACAGUGGUCCUAGUAAAGAAUCACUGAUUAUAACAUUGAUUGUACAACCUAACUGAUAACCAGGUGGGAAACAAAUGAGGCAAGAGAAAAAUCCUCAGGAUAGAUUAGAAGUGAGCGAUGGAUGCAGAAACUAAGCCAUGUAAUGCCAGGUCCGCUCUGGCUCCAACUGUAAGAUCCGCAGUACAGAUGGAUGAGCUGCCAGGCCUCACCAGCUCAACAGACACUCCUCCAGCCGGGUGAGCGCUCCCACCGCUGAGAGGAGAAAGAGGAGAAACGGCAGCAAGUUUAUAAUUAAUGCUGAUUACCGUUCAAUACAGAAAACAAUGUAUGAAUCCCGUUGGGCAGAAAUUUAAUUAAGAUCAUAAUUAUGAGGAGCAGAAUGGGGCAAGACAGCCUUCACCAUCCGCCAUCAUGUCGGUUGGUUUGGAGAACUCUCCAAAUUAAGCCAGUCACAGCUGAUCGACAGCUUCGCUAAAACGUAGCCGAGACGCUAACUCCAGCUUUCCCAUCUUUCUGGCCAUGAUAUACACCAUCAUAGGAUCAUCACCAUCACACCGUCAUAGGAUCUUCACCAUCAGAACCGUCAUAGGAUCAUCACCAUCACACCGUCAUAGGACCAUGUCUUUUGUUUGUUGUUUUCUUUUACAGUUGCACAUUUCAAGUUUUCAGGUUCAUGUUUGCUGACAGAUAUUUAUGGAGAUAAAUUGUGCUUUCAUCAGUAGUUGAUUACAUACAGUUAAGUUCACAAGUGGGUCAAUUCAAUUCAGUUUGGUUCAGGUAGAUAUUUAAUGAUGCAGAAAAUAAUCUGAUUGUACAAUAAAUUUAUGACGCUUUAUAAUAAUAAAUAGGUGCUUUAAAGUAUUUCCUUGCAUGCUUGCAUUAAUGAUCUGAGCCAAUGCUUUUUUUAAAUAAAUAAUUUCCCAAAAAAAUGUUUUGCCCAAGCGCCUUGCGUGCCCGCAUUUUUUUUUUUGGUGCCCUAUUGUGCCGCUGUAUAGUAUUGACGCCCCUGAGGUGAAGUAAGCGUCCUGAACAGAGGGGAAACAUCUUUCUAGGGCAGCAGCUCAGUUCCAGUCUGCCCUUGUUUUGUUCUCCAUCACGCACACAGCCUCAUAUAAAAUAUGUCUGCCUCAUCUUAGCUGGAUUUAGAUAUUAGGCAGAAAACUUUUAAUGCCCUUUAGAUUCUGCUGAAUCCUAUACCAUCCUAACGUUGGAACUGCUGUCUGCUACAUCUACUGAGCUAGACCUGUUUCCACUGUUAUACUGCCACAUAGCUCUGAGAAUUUAGAAUAGCAUCUUGCUUCAGUAGUUGGUGUAACUCUGUUAUCAUGAGCAGAUGAUAUGGAAUAUUAUACAAUAAAAUUUUAACAAAGUCCCAACUUCCUGUUUCUGUAAUGCGAACUUUGUGAACCUCUGCAUGGCUCCACACUGCAUUUCUGAAGAACUUUAACGGUCCUCUGCCGACAAAGUCUCCUAUUAGAUGUCUCUGUUUUUCUACCGUUAGGCUACUACUGUU